UCGUUUCUGUAAAAUUGCGUCGAAACUCCCAAGAUAGAUUAAAAUGUCCUAAAAUUCGUAGUAAUUCGAAUUUCAAAUUUUUAACGAGUAAUUUGGUACUUAGGAUGGACAAUUAUUAACUUAUCAACAAUUUUGGGAGCAUGAAGGGUAGUAUUCGGUUCGAAAUCUUGACAUUUUUCGCGUUAGUGGCGAAACUGACUUUUGGAGUCGAAAAGUUUUGGCUUCCGGACUUGCAAUGGCAAACCGCGAGAAAUUGGAUGGAUAAUAAGGUACCGGAAAUUGACAGUCACGUGGUGUUUCCGUUGGAGGCUAGGCACGCCGUGGGUAUGCCGAAAUCUGGAGAUUUUAGGCUAACUGGGAUCGAUCUUGCUAGGUUUGGAUCUUUGAUAUUACCAAGGGACGGAAAAUUGAAGCUAAGGGACUCUGGAAAAUCGCCGACAAGAGUCAGUCGAUGGCUGAGGGAGGGUCACCUUUUCUGGGCGGAUCCGGAAAAUUGGAACGGGACCUCGAAAGCUGCUCCCCAUCUCGAGCAAGUUCCGUGUCGUCAGGACGACAUCGUGCUACCGGACAAAAAUCGAGCCUUCAGCGCUCUUCUGCCUAUGAGGGAGAUUCAAGUGAGAUCGAUCAGAACAUCUGACAGAAGGACACCCUAUAUGGCAUGGCAGUGGGAUGAUUUCGCGAACAGACGAGAGUUCGACAAAGGAAUAUUCACUGUCAAAUAUGCAGAUUAUAGUUGCGAAAAAUGCCGCUGUCAGGACGAUCCGAAUAACGAUUACAUGGAGGAAAUUUGCGCGAUUCAAAGGCCAAAAUGUGGAUUCACUCCUUGUGAAUAUCCUUUGAAAGUGGAAGGUCAUUGUUGUCGAUACUGCGGUGGCCGGUUGUCUUUGUCAAAGACAGCAUAUUUGUCAGUGGUUCGAGAAGCGGUGAUCAGCGCUUUGGAGGGAUACACAGAAAGAAUCGCGUGGCAUGUCAGGCGUACUUGGAACGGGGCGGCUGAGAUUCUGAUAAAGGAAAAGGGCGAAUAUUCCGGACUCGAUAUCCUGAAAAUGGUGAAGAACAUCAAGGAGAAUUUGCUAGGUAUGAAUAUAGACAUAUUGGGCACGCAAGUAUCGGGUGCAGCUUUGCAAGAUCAUCAACUACCCGCCACGUUGGUGCCACUGUUUGGGACGCCGUUCGUCAUCCUGUUCCUUCUUUUCCUCGCUUUACUAUACUUUGGCUACUCUUCCAGAUACAUUCUUUCGAGCUGUGCAGAGAUUUUCACGUCGGUUCGGGAUGGAAUUCGCACGGACAAGCCAGAAGGCAGCAAACCGUUUAGUUUCGCCCGUUUCGAGAAUAUUUCCGAGGGCAACGUUCAAAUUGCUGACGUGGCCGGCAGCAGCGAACAAAAGCUUGGAAAGGACGGUACUGUGGCCAAGGUACCCUCCGGUGGAAGAUUCGAGAACCCUCUGUACAGAUCGAAAAAGAGACGCAAAGAUGAGAAGGAAACUUUGGACAUGGAGGCGCCGUUGAGUUUGGCCACCCUUAAGAACAGGGUGGAAGACAGCAUGGAGGAAAUAGAAAUGGACAUCGAUCAAUAAAAUAUCACAAAUAUUUCUAUUUUUCCAUUCUGUGAAAUACGUUUCCCACUUAUAUUUUUUUUUAUGAAUGGUGGACCUCUAAAAACAACCCAACAAUUUUGGCUUCUCUUUGUACGAGGUUUUAGAUUAAUUUUUUUUUUGUUAAAUUGCGAUAUUGUCUUGUUUCUAUCUUUUCUUCUGUUCGAGCUAUGUCUUUUUACGCGAAAUUCCUCGACGAUUCACGCUUUAAUUACUCGGGGAACCCAUUAAAUGGUUACCAUGGGCUCCCAUUUUCCAGUCAUCGUUUGAACUUUAAGAGCAAUUUAUUUCAGAGCCAACAUUGCCACAGUCCAUCGAGUCGUUUCAGAAAUAAUGUAAAUUCGAAAGAGUGUCGCUAGAAGACGUACCGAAUGUCUCAAAUAUUCAAAACAUAUUAAAAUAAAAAAUCUAUUAAACUCCAAUUAAAUGUCUUUCUUGCCUGAUAAUGACAAAUAUUACCUAAUAGUCGACAGAAAAAAUUCCAUCACGCUAUACCGCUAUACAUAGUUUAGUGUCGUAAGCGACGUAACGUAUAGUGACGUAAGUUGUUUAUUUUACUUCACGAUGCAUG